AUUUAGAUAGUCCAAGGAUUACAGUGUCCACGGAAGCAGAUUUCAAAGAGUCGUUUGAGAAGAAUAAAAAGUACAUGGACCAAAUUACAAAUUAUGCAAAGUGUAAGGAGCACAUGUUUAAUAUUUUUGUGCAGUUUGUGCGGGUUAGGAGUUAGGACAAAAUCCCAGUCCCAACAAAAUCCAGUAGGGUUCCGCUCUGGUUUAAAACUCCAUCCUGCAAUUCGAGAUUCCCGGAUUUCUCUCCUCGCGCGGUCCCGUCGAAAGAAAUGGACGCUAGCAGAAUGGAAGCCGAGCGGCUGCUUGGGCUCGCCGAAAAACUCUUACAGAACCGGGAUCUCAAUGGCUCAAGGGACUUUGCCAUUUUAGCUCAGGAAGCCGAACCGCUUCUGGAAGGUUCCGAUCAGAUCUUAGCCGUCAUCGACGUGCUUCUCGCGGCGGAUAAACGCGUCAACAAUCACCACGACUGGUACGCGAUUCUUCAGGUGGAUCGUCGAUCCAACGAUUUCGAUCUCAUCAAAAAACAGUAUCGUCGGCUCGCGCUUCUCCUUCACCCGGACAAGAACAGGUUCUCUCUGGCCGAUCAUGCUUUCAGGCUCGUUGCCGAGGCAUGGGCCGUGCUAUCGGACCAGACUAAGAAGGCACACUUCGACAAGGAGCUCAGCUUCUUUACCAGGGUAGACUUGAGUAUGCCCAGCUGGGUUCAACAAGAAAAAUUGCCGGUUCGUAGGGGUGGACCUGGGCCCAGUGAACGGAGUCAAGGUCAUGAUCCGUGGAAUGGUGGCAACGCCGCGAGGGAGGAAGAAGGGGAUGAGAACCCGGGGCGGAGGCCGACCUUCUGGACGACAUGCCCGUACUGUUACUAUAUAUACGAGUACCCUAAGAUUUAUGAGAAUUGUUGUUUGAGGUGCCAGAACUGCGAGAAGUCUUUCCAUGGUGUUUCUAUUCCAUCUUUGCCGCCUCUUGUGCCGGGACAAGAUGCUUAUCAUUGUUGUUGGGGUUUCUUUCCGAUGGGAUUCUUUGUCGGUAAUACGGGUGGCAAGUCGGGUGUGCCAUCCACCCUCAAUUCGCCACCACCGGUCUCAACUGCGCCGGUAGAGAAUGGUAUGCAUAACGGGCAACCGCCGGCGGCCCCAAUCUCUGCGGCUUCUAGGAGGGCGACGUCGGUUGUCUCGAAUGGGACUGCUUCAGGGUUGGGUUUUGUUAAGCGGAAACGAGGAAGGCCUCGGAAAAAUCCUUAGCCGGCAUGAUAGGGGUUUGAGAUUUGAGUUUUUUUGGGUGCAAUUGAAACGCAUUCGGGUCUUCUCUCAACUACGGAUCUGGUUAACUUUUGUUGAAUUGUUAAUUUCUUAGGUUUGAAGACGGAAGGCCGAAGCUGCUGGGCUGAAAAAUUUGUAAGUACUGCUAGUUUUGUCCAGUUUCCUCCCGAUUGUAUCUGAAUAUUUAGAUGUUUUUCUUCACUGACUGCCUCAUGGUUGAUUCUUGAGGUGACUCUGUAGAUGUACUAUCUAUUAGAGUUGUUUCAGUUGGAGGAUUAGCAGAAGCUCCGUGUCAUUAGUUUAUCUCAGUUAAACGCAGAUUUACAAGAUUAUUCCUGAUGACUUUUAGCCUAAAUGAAUUUCGAAAACAUUAUUUCCUUACUGUGCUGCUUGUAAAAAACAUUAGGACGUUUGCACAAUUUACUUCGAUUAUGCAUUGUGAAGUUUGUUUUCCCAUCUAAAACUGGACUCUUCAAAUUUCUUUGAAAAAUGUCCAUGCCUUUCUGGCAUUCCUAA